AGUUAUACCAAUAUUAAAGAUAUAACAACUAUGAUUCUGUUUCUCUUCCUCUUUUUUAUGAUACUCAACGGAGGAGAUGGACAAUGUCCUAAAGUUGAAUGUAGACCAAAAUUUAAUUGUUUAUGUCCAGAUCUCACUUCUCCUCCAGCCUCUUCCGGUGAUCUACGUAUCGUCUCAACACCUCAAUUUGUGAUAUUAACAUUUCAAGGAAAUGUUAAUCAACACUCUUACGACAGUCUUUCGGACAUUUUUACACCGGAUAGACAAAAUCCAAUGAAUGUCGGUAGAGUAACACCUACUAUAUUUGUAGCUGAUAAAUCCAUUACUGGUUUAAAAACUGACUAUUGUACUGUUGGAAAACUAUUCUGGGAAGAAGGAUUUGAAAUUGCUUCCCACUCAAUAUCUUAUAGAGAACCGCCAAAUUGGUGGAGCACUCAUGCCGAUUAUACAGACUGGUUUGGAGAAAUAGAAGGCCAAAGGAAAAAGCUACAAGAAAAGGCAGAUAUCCCAAAAUCUAAUAUAACAGGCUGGCGAUCACCUUUCUUUGGCAGUAAUCAAUUUCAAUACGAUGUCCUUACAAAUCGUCAAUAUGAAUAUGAUUCUACGAUAAUCUACACGCCUAAAAAAGAGGAAAGCGGUAAAACGAAAAUAGAGCAAUGGCCAUUUACUUUGGACUAUCCCAAGGCAUGCACUCGAUUAAAAUGUCCCCUUGAAUCACAUCCAGGCUUAUGGGAAUUUCCAGUAACCACUCUUGUAGACGGAGGAGGCGAGAGAUGCUCCGUUAUGAAUGAAUGUAAAAAUAAACCGAAAUAUAAAGGAGAAGCUUAUCGAAUGUUAAUAGAUAAUUUUAAUUUUGCAAAAUUUUCAAUGAGAGCUCCAAUUAUUAUUGCGUUAACAACUCAAUAUCUAAUAGACUAUCCUGAUGUUAAAGAAGGAAUUAAACAAUUCUUGGAUGAAGUUUUAGACCAAGAAAACGUUUUUGUAGUUGAUAUUCAAAGAUUUCUUGCUUAUAUGAAAAGUCCAAUUGGUUUAAGUGGCAUUGAAAAUAUUGAUGGUUUACGAGAAAGACCCAUAAAGAAUUAUAAUUGCAAAAUAACUCAGUUAGCUGCACCUGUUGCUGUUUCAGAGAGAAGGCUACUAUUUGACUUUUUAAAUAUUAGUGAUGGAGAAUUAUUUUUAUUAAUCCAUACUUUAUGUUUAAUAGCUAUAUUUGUUUUAAUUAAAAAUUCGACCCACUGUAAAGUUCUUGGAAUUGAGACUAGCUGCGAUGACACAGGAAUUGGAAUAGUUAAUGAAGAUGGGGUCGUUCUGGGUGAAGGUCUAUAUUCACAAACAAAAACACAUGUUAAUUUUGGUGGAAUUAUCCCACCUAUCGCCAGGGAUUUACAUCUUGAAAACUUUGAUAAGGCCUUAAAUACCGCUUUGCAAUCGGCAAAAUUAGAAUUUAAGGAUAUAACUCAUAUUGCAACAACCGUUAAGCCUGGAUUAGCACUCUCACUGGAAGUCGGUUUGAAAAAGACCAGAAAUUUAGUUAAUAUUCAUAGAAAACCUUUCAUCCCUAUUCAUCAUAUGGAAGCUCAUGCUUUAACUGCUAGAUUGACUGAAAAGGUUGACUUUCCAUAUUUGGUUCUGCUAAUAAGUGGAGGCCAUUGCCUAUUGGCUGUUGCACAGAGUGUUAACAACUUUCUUUUACUUGGAAAAAGUAUUGACAAUGCCCCCGGAGACGUUAUCGACAAAAUUGCUCGACGACUAAAAAUUAACGGCAUUACCGAAUGUGACGGUCUUAAUGGAGGCUCAGCCAUUGAAAAAUUAGCUAAACGUGGAGAUCCAAAAUCGCUUGAACUUGUUCACUCCAUGAGUCAAUAUAGGGAUUGUAAUUUUUCUUUCGCAGGUGUUCAUUCAGUAUUCAUUAAUAGGAUAAAAAAAUACGAAAGAGAUUAUGAUAUUAAGGGAGGGCAAAUUUUGCCUAAUAUAUCAGAUCUAUGUGCAAACUUUCAGUAUUCUAUACUACACCAGUUUGCGAGAAGACUACAGCGAGCAAUUUUAUAUUGUUUAACUUUAAAGUUAAUUCAGGAAGGUGGAACGGUAGUUGUCUCUGGUGGAGUUGCUUCUAAUAAAUUCUUUAGAAAUGGUAUUGACAAAAUAAGUAAACAUUAUGGAUUGAAUACCGUAUUUCCACCUACGAAAUACUGCACCGAUAAUGGAGUUAUGAUUGCAUGGAAUGGAGUGGAGAAAGUUAGAGAAAAUAUCGAUAUAUUGAAUAAUGCCGAUGAAGUUGACUUUGAGCCAAAAAGUCACUUCGGAAUAGAUGUUAGCAAUGAUAUUAAAAAUUACGAUAUAAAAGUCCCAGGAGUCAAAUUUUUGUAG